UGCCCCAUCAUUGGUGUCAGUAGGAGGAAUAGUGCCCCAUCAUUGGUGUCAGUCGGAAGAAUAGUGCCUCAUCAUUGGUGUCAGUGGCAGGAAUAUUACCCCAUCAUUGGUGUUAGCAGGAGGAAUAGAUCCCCAUCA